UAAUGUACAGGAACCCUAAUUUUGACCCUCGAGAUUGACACAGAGAGGGGAGGGAGAUGGAGGAAAUUAAAAAGAGAAAGCUUGAGCAGAACGCGAAUGGCGAAAUUACUUCCAAUACGUCGGAGGAUCAGUUGCGUUCUCUGUUAGACCCACUCUCCAAAACUCAGUUGGUUGAUCUCUUAUCAAAGCUAGGAUGCCAAUACCCUUCUAUUUCUGAAGAAAUUAAAAGUGUUGCAAGUGCAGAUCCAGCAAAUCGAAAGCUAUUUGUUCGUGGCUUAGCCUGGAAUACCACCACAGAAACCUUGUAUGCUGCGUUUAAAGAACAUGGUGAAAUCGAAGAGGGUGCUGUUAUAGUUGAUAAAGCAAGUGGAAAAUCACGUGGGUAUGGUUUUAUUACAUAUAAAUAUAUAGAUUCAACCCGAAAAGCUCUAGAAGCACCUAGUAAACUCAUCGAUGGGCGUAUGGCUGUUUGCACUUUAGCAUGUGAAGGCAUAAGUACAAUAGGUAGUAGUAAUACUACUACUAUUACUACUGAUCAAGCACAAAGGAAGCUUUAUAUUGGUGGUUUGUCCCCUGAAAUAACAAGUGAGAUGCUGCUUUUGUUUUUUAAAAAACAUGGUGAGAUAGAAGAAGGUUCAGUUGCAUAUGAUAAAGACACAAACAAAUCACGUGGUUUCGGGUUCAUUACUUACAAGACUGUAGAGGCUGCCAAGAAGGCUAUUGAUAACCCUCAAAAGAUGUUAGGGGGUCGAAAUAUAACUGUGAAGCUUGCUGAUAACCAGAAGGGCAAAAUUGUCCAGACACAAAUACUACCUGGAGGAACAACGGUUCCGAUUCAGAUGGUUGGAUAUGGACAACCGGGAAAGACACAUUUGAGUGGCGGUUACGGUUUCCCUUCUCAGGCGAUUGCAGCCUAUCCUGGUUCGGGCCCACAGGCUGCAACCACUGAGUAUCCAAUCCAAACUCAGAUUGGAUAUUCACAGUAUUUUUUAAGGAAGGAAAAUGUGGAGAAUUCUUUGAUAACACCAACAGGGGGGUAUGCGUACUAUGGCACUAAGCAAUGAAUGAUAGAUGUUGGUGAUAAUAAGUAAUAAUAGCUCAUCACUUAUAAAAGCCAAAUAGCUCUUUUUAUUUUUGAAGUGUUGGGUUAUGAGAAUAUAUGUAGUUAAAUUUCUAUGAUAUUUAAAUUGUAUAUAUUGUCUUGAUGUGUACUUCCUUUGGAAAUUUAAGCUCAAAUUUAUAUUUAGUAUAAUAGGCUGUAUGGAUGAUGAUAGUGAAUUCGGUUGUAUAUCUUUAAUGGGAAAUUGAUUUGUAGGUUUGGUAAAA